GUUGUUCCUUCUGGAUCUCUCCUCAGCUGAAAGUUCUGGAGAAGCUUCUCAGUGGUCGGGCAAGUUCAUAAGUACCUGAGACGAACGCAGGACAGAGAAUAACAACAAGGAAAAGAGUCCAGUAAUAAAGUCAACCAGAAUAUCAAACAGGCCAAACAUGGCUCUACUGUGUUACAACAGAGGCUGCGGGGAUCGAUUUGAUGCUGACAAAAACUCAGAUGAUGCCUGUCAGUUUCACCCCGGAGUGCCAAUCUUCCACGAUGCCUUAAAGGGCUGGUCCUGCUGUAAAAAGAGGACGACUGAUUUCUCAGAGUUCCUGUCAAUCAAGGGUUGCACCCGCGGGCGCCACAGUAACGAGAAGCCUCCGGAGCCUCUGCAGCCGGAGGUGACGUCUGAUAAGGGAGACGUGAAGCAGCACAGUGGAGAAGAGAUUAUCUACCAGGGACCCAAAUCUGCAGAAGCCCUGGAAAAAGAGAGACCCAGCUCAGAUGAGCCAAAGACAAAGCUGCAGGUGAAGAUCUCUCCCUCUCUGGCUCAGAUCGUGGAGAAAAUGGAGAUCACUGAGAAGGAGAAAAGAGAGAAGCUAGAGUGUCAAGUCGUCAUAGUUGGGGUUAAGUGCAAAAACACAGGAUGCAAAACAACUUACCAGGGUCCAGAGACUGAUGCAGAGAUUUGCUUACAUCAUCCUGGGGUCCCCGUCUUCCAUGAAGGAUACAAAUACUGGAACUGUUGCUGCAUUAAAACCACCGACUUCAACGCCUUCUUGGAUCAGAAGGGCUGCACAACAGGAAAACACUGCUGGAUCCCCAAACAGGACAAAAAGAAGGUGGCUUGCCGGCAUGAUUGGCACCAAACCGGAAACCAGGUCGUGGUCACAAUCUAUGCCAAGAACUGCAGUCCAGAGCAUUCCUAUGUGGAGGCAAACCGCACAGUGUUAACAUGCCACAUUCAGUUUGAGGGAGACAAAGUGUUUCAUAAGGACAUCCACUUAUGGGGGGUGAUUGACGUGAAGAGCAGUUUUGUGAACAUGGUGCCCUCUAAAGUUGAGGUGACUAUGCGGAAGGCUGAUGCCGUAGCCUGGGGCAAACUUGAGGAUCCCAAACACAAACCAGAGCCAGAGGUCACCAACGACAUGAACAACACCGAACAGGAAGACGUCAAACCCGACUGGUACAUCUCAGAUGAUGACAUCAGUGAGUCUGACUGGGAAGAUGACGAUGAGGAGGACAAGAAAGAGAGUGAGGAGAAAAAAGAAAAACAGGAAGAUGAUGGACCCCCUGAGCUAGAAGAGCCUGCUGAUGUACCUCCAGAAAAAUGAACAUUUAUUCUGCGGUGCAAUGGUUAUGUAUUUCCGGUUAUGAAUUUGUUUACAAUAACACAUGAGAUUUAUACAAA